AUGCCUCUUGGUGAAAUCGUCGUAGGGGCCGCUCUUGGACUUACUCUCCAAAUCCUGCACGAGGCCAUCUUAAGAGCAAAAGAUAGAUCCUCAACUACAAGAUGUAUCUUGGACCGCCUCGAUUCUACAAUCUUGAGGAUCACUUCAUUGAUCGCUAAGGUCGAGAAGCUCAGUGGAGAAGCCGAUGCAUCUAUGAAGAAAGUCAUCAAAGAUCUUAACAAUCUUCUUGAGAAGGCCGUUGUUCUUGUCGAAGCUUAUGCGGAGCUCAAACGUAGAAACUUACUUGGAAAAUACAGGUACAAAAGACGAAUCAAAGAGUUAGAAGGUUCAUUAAAAUGGAUGGUAGAUAUGAAUGUUCAAGUGAAUCAAUGGGCAGAUAUCAAAGAACUCAUGACCAAGAUGUCUGAAAUGAACACUAAACUUGACGAGAUCACGCGUCAACCAAUAGAUUGUAUUAGAGGAUCUGAUGAGGAUAACAGUAACCAAAACAUAGUCGAAAGGGUUGAUCCAUCUUUAGACUCCAAUGAUGGAUGCUCAAACAACGGUUCUAAUCCGAAGAUCGAAAUUCACCUUCGAUAAAAUCAAGCUUCUCGUUUUUUCGUAUUUGGAAGCAUAUUGUCUUAUUUAUAAAAGUUAUGAACCAUUUUCUAAAACAUUUUCUAAAGCAAAAAUAAUU